CGGCCGGGCUGCGCCGGGGCUCCGGGGCGGUGCGGCGCGCUCCGCUCUUCCUCCUCCUCCUCCUCCUCCACCGCGGCGGCGGCGGGCAGAUGCGGCGGAUCGUGGGGCGGCUCUCGCCCGCAGCGGGCUCCCGUCCCCCCGCCGCCCCCAUGGACGGCAGCGGGGGCAGCAGGCGCGCGUAGCUCGGAAGGCAUGCCCCAAACGCUGAGUUCUACCAGUAUGUUUACCCAAUGUGGCUUCAGCCCUCAUCUACAUACUUCAAAAGAAGAUGAACAAGGAGGAAUGAUCUUCCAGGAUGGAAACCUUACCUCAGCAUCUCUGGAUGCUCUAAUCCAGCAUCUGAUACCUACCACUGAUUACUACCCUGAAAAAGCCUAUAUCUUUACAUUCCUGCUGAGUUCCAGACUCUUCAUUGAACCCCAUGAGCUUUUGUCCCGAGUUUGCCUCAAGUGCAUUGAGCAGCAGCGGCUGGAUGACCCUGUGCUGGACAAGGCUCGGAUCAGAAAAUUUGGACCCAAAAUCUUACAGUUGCUGACAGAGUGGACAGAGACAUUCCCGUAUGACUUUCAGGAAGAGCGGAUGAUUGGCCAUCUGAAAGACAUGAUUCACAGGAUAGCCCCAUGUGAUGAGGCCUACUGGAAAAAGAUGAAUCAGCUUUUACAAACCCUGAACCAGAAGCUUGCAACCCUCAGCCACGGGCAAGAAGGGAUUGUCAAGAUCAGUGCUGCUGUCUCUGAUAAACUGGUUGCCUUUAAAAGUAAACCUCCGUCAAUUCAGAGAGAAAUCCUGAGCGUCUGCAGUGACCCUUACACUCUGGCUCAGCAGCUGACACAUGUGGAGCUGGAAAGGCUAAGUCACAUUGGACCUGAGGAGUUUGUGCAGGCAUUUGUACAUAAGGACCCUCUGGAUGGCACCAAGACUUGUUUCAGUGAACAGAAGAAGACCAGUAACCUCGAGGCCUAUGUGAAAUGGUUCAAUAGACUCUGCUAUCUUGUAGCAACAGAAAUUUGCAUGCCUGCAAAAAAGAAACAGCGAGCACAAGUCAUCGAAUUCUUCAUUGACGUUGCCCGAGAGUGCUUUAACAUAGGGAAUUUUAAUUCGCUGAUGGCAAUCAUUUCUGGAAUGAACAUGAGUCCAGUUUCCAGGCUAAAGAAGACCUGGUCAAAAGUGAAAACAGCCAAAUUUUUCAUUCUUGAGCACCAGAUGGACCCUACUGGUAACUUCUAUAACUACAGAACAGCGUUGCGAGGGGCUGCUCACAGAUCCCUCACUGCACACAGCAACAGGGAGAAGAUUGUGAUCCCCUUCUUCAGCCUAUUGAUCAAAGACAUCUAUUUUUUGAAUGAAGGAUGUGCUAAUCGCCUUCCAAAUGGACAUGUCAACUUUGAAAAAUUUCUGGAACUGGCUAAGCAAGUAGGAGAAUUUAUAACAUGGAAGCAAGUGGAAUGUCCCUUUGAACAAGACCCUAACAUCAUCCACUACUUGCAUACGGCUCCCAUUUUUACUGAAGAUGGUUUGUAUCUGGCUUCCUAUGAAAGUGAAAGUCCAGAAAACCAGACAGAAAAAGACAGGUGGAAAUCGUUAAGAUCCACUAUUUUAGGAAAGACUUGAAGAUUAAGAGGUUAUUGCAGUAGGUCAAGGAAAAGAAUCCGCAAAGAUUUUGCACUACUGAUUCCAAAGAUGCCUGUUUGGGAUUUAGACAAUUUUUUUGUUUGAGUUUUUGUUGGGUUUUUUGACUGCCUAACAUGAUGGAUGAACUGGAUUCAUCCACCGCAAUCAACAGAACUGUGCGCACAAUGACGCUUUUCUAACUAUAAGACAUAGGAAGGACAAACAGACUAUUUGUGGCUGUGCCCAAACUGCGUCAGGAUCACUGUAACUUUUGCCUCUGAAGGAGAACAGAAGAAAAUCAGGAGCGUGGAGAACCAUGGUACUGCAAAAGAGAAUGGAAAAGUAUAAAAAAGGGAAAGCAAAAAACAUGCACGAAAAUGUCAGAAGCAGGUGUUUCAGGCAGCGGCUCUUUAAACCCUCUGAGGAUUGCAAAAGUAAAUCAAACACAGACACAGCAGCAAUCUGGUUAAUUGCUGAAUGAAGAAAGAAGAACUUAAUCUUACAUGAGCAGUCCCCCAGCCUUGUUGAACAAAGCACUGACUGCUACAGGUAUAAGCUUCCAGCAGAUGAAAACUGACAUUGCUCACUCAUAUGUAUACAUGUAUGUCACACACAGACCACAUCAGCAUGGGACAGUCGUACCAACCCCUUGAAUUUUUACAGAGAAUAAUCUGAAGUAUGACUAUUGCUUAGUUAAUUCUUCCCACCACUGUUGUUGCUUUUCUUACUGUGAAUCUUGGCAGAUCUGAGGAGGGCCCAGUGUAGGCGGUAUCACGUAAAGACCCACCACCACCCCAUCUACAGCUGAACUGAAGAAGCAAGUGACUCUGGACUCAGCUUACCUCUAUUUAAUGUAUGUAGUGUAUUCCCUAAUUUUCUUGAUGCUGAGAUGCAUCUUUUAGAGGGUUUUAUCACCCUUCAAGAAAAAAAAAUACUGCAUUACCAUCAGGUUCCCGUUAAUACAGUACCGUUUAUUUUGCAACAUGAUACUUAAGAGGGUAGGAAGGGGGGAGGGGUGGGUAAUUGCUCUGAAUUUGGGAACUACAUGGUAUGCUUUAAAAAGACAAAGGGUUUCAGACUAGAGUGAAUGCACUAAAGAAUUUGUUUUUUGUGAGUAGAUAGCCAUUUUUCUCUUUUUUUAUUUUUAGGAUCUAAACCGUGUUCGCCAUUUCCUUACAGGUAAUAUGAAGUAGGGACUAUGUCUUGUGUUUAAAAUUGUACAAUAAUUAAGGUGCUAUUGUAACACAUAUUAAAUGAUAAUGAACUAUAUGGAUAUUAGAUUCAAAACUAAGCCCUAACAGUAGACUAAUCGUUUGUAUGUGGAAGGAAUGUUCCUACCUGCCCUAGAAAAAGCCUGAAAAAGCUUAAGUGAAACCUAAAUGCCACACAGUAUUGAACUUUGCAUUUCAUUGCUGACCUGAUGCUGGCCUUUUCAGAUGGUCCAGUCUUUCUCUGCCUACAACAGAAGGAUGUCACCCUUUCUUUGAGAUCAGUAAUAGUUUUAUUUCAAUACAGAGGGAUUCCAGGUGGCUUCAGUGUUUUGAAAAAUUAGGCUAAUCACAAAACCUGGCUGUGUUGGGUUAUGCAUUUAGCUAGAAAACUGGAACUGUUCCUGCCCUCGGCCAGGCCUCAGAAGGUAUCCAUGCCUGAGUGAGUUGUUGAAAUGUAAGGCAUUGGUGAGCUCGUGUUUGAGAGCAGCUCCGACAGCUGAGCUGGUCCGGGAGUGCAGCAGCCUGGGACAGGCAGUAUGUGAUAUACUAAAGGUUUGUAGUGUCUGCAGUGCAGGUCUUAUGUUGGGUUAUGAUCUAUGGAAACCUCUGCAGUCUGGGUCAUGGCUGCCCAGAAUCCACUGCUUUUGCAGCUGCUGAGAUGAGGACAGCUUCUUCUAGAUUUGCAUCUGCAGGGGCUUGAGGCAGAACUUCAGUUCUCCUUUUUUUAUAGGUCUAUCGGCACAUAAAUUCAAGCAGGGAGAACAUAAAAAUAGCAUGUAUUUAUUCAAGCUUUGUAUGGAAGAACUAAGUGUAAGGAUGGCGCAACAUCAUUCCAGCCAGGGAAUGAUCACUCUGCUGGUAGUACUGUUAAUAUGCUGUUUGUUAAUUUUUGUACACGAACUGAGAGCUAUACAGAGAAACAUAUACAUAGCCGUUCCUUCAAGCAGAACCAUUUCCAAAAUGAUGUCAUUAAAAGCCUGUUAAAUUCCAACCAAAUCCAGAGCAAUAACCAUAAACAUAUCUACAACAAUGCUAAUGCUUAAGUGUUUUUGCUAAAUGGUCAUUUUUUUUCUUAACGACUGCAUCUUUUUAACAGGCUUAGUGUGACUUCAUUGUGGAUUUUUUUUUUUUUAUUAUUUAUCUGAAACCUGUUGUAGGUGGAUGGGCCCUUUCUUAAACCCUGCUUUUUAAAAUGCAAAUCCUCACUCCUUUUCUAAUGAGCCAACAGAAGCUGGUAGAGCUGACAUUAUAACACCCUGAAGAUGAAUCAAAAUGUGAUUUCUCAUGAUAAUACUUUAUUCUUGGGCACCUUCCAUGAAUUUAGGCAAUUUUGUAAGUAUGAGUUAAAUUAGAUCUCAUAAAGUUUAUCACUGUUGCAAACUAAACCACUUUCAUAGUUCAAAACUUUCAAACCUUAGUGCUUAAAACAGAAGCAUAAAGGUCAGAUUUAGGUAGGUGUUAAGGGCUUAGUGGGACUGUCAGAAGCACUGAAUUAUCUUUAAGCCUUUAUGUAGUCACACAUUUAAAAGGUCUUUUUUUCAGAAGUGCUAAACAUCCUCAUCUCUUGGUGAAAACUGAGGUAGUUACUGUUUUAUAGGGGGGUGUGGCAUAUUGAUCUGUAGUAUUCGAUCUCCAGAGAUGCUGUCUCCUCUUUGCAAAAUGACUUGGAGAUGAGAGUACAGAGCAACUUAAAUGAGAAGACAGCGCUUUUAAAAAACAGAUUUUUAGGAACCAUAGCUUGUCUUCACAUAAUUUUGUAGCUAAAAUCCUAUUGAUUUAAAUAGAAACAAUGUAAGCCUUAAGUUACAGCUGUCGGUUGCAUUUGUAAUUCAUAUUUGGCCUAACUAGGGUAUACAGCUCCAGACAGAGUGGUUAGAGCCCUUGCUUCACCAACGGGUUUUACAAAGCGUGAGUACAACUGAAAACAAAGGGUGACAAUUUGGGGAAGAGGUUUCUUCCAAAGAUGUAUUAACAUUACACGAAAACAGGGAAAAGCACCUCCAGUAAUUAAUGUUUUCUUGCUAUAAAUGUGUAAAGAACUCCUACCAUGCUGAAAAGAAAGCAGUAUCACUUAACACCAAGCACUAAGGUCACUAUAAGGCACAUAGUCGUUAGACUAACAUCUAGACAAAUUACUGGUAGUAAUGUCAUGGCUUUCUAAUUCCACUCUUUUCCAUGAAUAUGCCUCCCUGACAGCUGCUUGAACUAAUACCACACAGAGAACAGAGUGAAACUAGACCGAUAGUGUUAGUAUCAAAACCCUAAGGUAGUAAGAUGUGAAUAUAUGAUAACAGAGUCUUUCAGAAGCAUUAACUUAGCUUCUGUGUAUACAGCAAUAUUUUAAAAGACCCAAAUACAUGAAAUCACUCUUAUCUUCUCUAGUGUAACCACAGUGGUAGCAAAAGUCCUGUUUUUUAAUUUCUUGAGCGUGCCAUUCUGCAACGUGGGGCAAGAUAAAAAGCCCAGUGAAAAAAGAUGAGGGAAUUGUGUGCCUUUAGCUUGUGUUGAAGUCAGUAGAUGAACUUGCUCAAUGCCUUUCAAAAGGCACUUAACCAUACAAUCUUGCCUUCAAUUUCACAUCAGCAUCGAUCACAUUACCUAAUUAAUGGUGGACGGAUAUAGGUCUGCUGGGCGUGACUGAAUCUUGAGGGCAAAAACCUCUUGAAAUGAGUGUGGUGCACAAGAACCCUGUGCACCCCAGAGCACACUGAGCUGGCAUGUCGAUGCCCUCUCUGUCAGGCGGUUAACACAGUCCAGGUAACGCGGCUGGCUGGAAGCUCCCUGCCUACGUAGGGGGCUGCAGAUCUGGAAGCAAACUAAUCCCAGCCACUGCUGAGAUGGCACUUGGACAAAGUGUGGACACAGCUGCUAAAGCACUUCAAAUAAGAAACAAUUUAAGCAUAGAGAGAUAUUUUUUCUCAUCUUGAAAAUACUUUAUGAUAUGGUCAGUGGUGAGUGAAUCACUCAAAAUCAAGCCAGUCCCUUACUGAUACCUUGGUUACUUUGUCAUGUUUUGUUGCAAUAGUUUACGCACCUCUUAUUAAAGCACAUGAGCACUGGCUCGCAUGUGACUGUAAAUCCAGCUUAGAACACAGCUCAGAUUACUGAACAUGUAAAUGGAGUUAUUAAUAAAAAGACAUGUUAGUAGAAGAGAUAGUUCUGCAUAUCAGUGUAAAAAUGUUACAUAGUUAACAGUAUUUGACCUAACAAUGACUGUGUUCCAUAGAAUGAGACUGAACCCAAGCACAGCGACGUGCCAGAGGAAAAACUCCAGUUGAUUUUGAUGGGUUUUGGAGCAGUCCUGCAAUUAUGAACUAUAGUACCAUUUUAAGUUAUUCAUAAGGAUUAAAUCACGUUGACAACCAGUCAAUUGGCUUUUCUUUUGGGCCAGGUGCAACUCUCAGAUGGGCAGGUGCAUUUAAUAGUGUGAAAAUCCAGCCCUACCAAAAGGUUUGUUUGACAUUGUUGAAGUUUCAGCAGCAAUUCAAGGACUAAAUCUGAUCCAAUGAAUUUAUUUGCAUCUGAGAGCAAAAUUUGACUUUCUGCCUUUAAGAGCCUUUUUUUUCUUUUUAGAUUGGUAGAGAUUAGCCUUAGUGUCUCAGGUGUCUCUCAUUGGAAAUCAAAAUCCCUUUGAUUGUGAGCUGAUUAUUUCCAUUGUUGUAAUUACAGAAUGAGAUUAGGGAGUAAACAAGGAAACUUGUGACAAAGGGAAAGCCCCUUUGUCACUACUCAGAGGCUCAGCUGUGGGCCAAAGACCUUCUUUUCUUUUGUCGUCUUUAACAUUGUGUGUCGAGUGAAAUGACCUCGGUGGUUGGUGCAGGGCAUUACGGAGCUGUGGCUGGGGAACAGCGCGCGCAUAUCAUGUCCCUGUGGCAGCACGCACACUAGCAGGGGGGUGCAGAGGUGGUUAAUCAUCCUGUACAAAGCCGACAUGCAAGUUCAUAUCAGUCUUUCAUGAUAUGAUGCAUAUCUUGCAUAUGAUGCAAGAGGCCUGCACUCUUUCAUUUCUGAUGCUGGGACACAUCCCUUAGAAAAGGUAGGAAGUUCUUGGAAGCUCACCUGGAGCAAAGCCUACUUCCUUAUCCAUCUGACAGAAUGGUUACAAGAUCCUUUGAACUAUAAGAGGUUCCUCUAGAGCAGGGGUCCUCAAACUACGGCCUGCAGGCCAGAUACAGCCCCCCAGGGUCCUCAAUCCGGCCCCCGGUAUUUACAGAACCCCACCACCACCACCCCGCCAGGGGUUGGGGGGGGGGAAACCAAGCAGCCACAGAUGACUGCCUGCCACUUCAUCUGCGUGCCGGCCCCCUGGUUAAAAAGUUUGAGGAUCCCUGCUCUAAAGGACUUCAACAGUGAAGAAUUUGUUAGGUACUUGACAGAGAUUUUAAGAUAUACUUAAAAAAAAUUAUGAGAAAUACCUUGAUGGUUGUUAACUUCCAUUUUUCACAGCGUAGCAGCAGAGUGGACCAAGAUAGCUGUGCAUAUAUCCCUGUUAAUAUCAAUGGCAGCUGGGCAGGGUAAGGCAGGAGAACACACAGUGAAAUACUGACACAGAAAUCUUUACCAAUACUUUUUAUUUUGAUAUUGGAUAUGUUGGGAUGAAAGCAUGCUGCCUUAGAGUGUGUCCCUUUCCCUGCAACCACUGUUGGCUGCUCUGUGGAGCAGCUGAGCUCUGAGCUGAGCAGAGGCAGAAAACAAGUUACUUUUUUUGAUGGAACAGAUCAGGAGGCUCAUCUGUUUUGUAUUAAUUUAUUUUAAAAUUCUUUUUGCAUAUUUUCAGAUAUGCAAAAAAAUACAUUAAGCUAAUGCUCAUAACAAGGCAUCACAUCCUGCAUUCGUACAUUAUGCAAGGUGUAGGUAAGAAGCUAAUAGGUUGUAUGGGUGGUGUUUCAUACGCUGCACAGGUGCAAAACACUGAAACUCAGGCUAUAACCUCAGCUACAGAAAAAAGCUAAGUAUGAGUAACUCCUGCCCAGAUGCCCUGUCCUGCACUGGGGCCAGACGCAGGCUGUAAUGCUGUAAAUUCAGAGCAGCUUAGACUGCUCGCUCUUCCCUUGAUGCCUUUCCCUCCCCAGAAGCGGUAUUUUGCUUCAUAAGCAGCUCUUGCAGAAUGCCAUAGGAACAUUUUUCUAGUUCUCUGCCAUACCAAGGGCUGUAUAGUCGUGCUCCAGAGCUGUCAGAACAGAACAGGAGUCCUUCUGCCUUCAUCCCUGUGGCCCUAAAACUGCCAACCCAGACUAAUGCUGCAGUACAGCAAUGUUCCCAGGCCUUCCUGAAUGCAGAAGACUUACGAGUUCAGAGCUCAUGAGUCCUGUAAGUUAAAUAUCUGUACAGGAAACUUCCUUCUAAAAGGUGCAAGGCCCCUUUAAUGGAUUUGUGACCAGAAAGUUCCAUAGUCCGGCUACUUCUCAGAGAAAUGUGACUUCCUCGGUGAACAAUUACUGGUCAGUACUACAUUACUGCUUUCAUUAUUUAAUUAUGCUUCUAAAAUUCCAGUCUUUUUGAAACAGCUAAACAUGUGGUGGUGAUGUCUUGAUAUUUGUCCCAUGGGUAAGAGUUGAGAAAACAGGAGGUAUAGUCCGGACAGUUGACAUCAUUCGUAUUUCUAUAACAGCCCAAGUUGGGUUAUCGCUUACAGUCUGUCCUCGCCUUGAGCUAGAAGGAAUUUUCUAAUAGAAUCCUUCUAAUUAUUAAUACUUAGUGAAAGAUGCGCGCACAGAACUAUUAAAUUCAAGUGUUUCAAGAUACGAGUCUUACAAAUGUACAAGUACUUCCCUUAGGAGUCUGU